CCAUUGGCACAAGAAGCUGUUGCAAAGAGAGGUGAUCCCAAUCAGGUUCUGGAUCUGUUGUACUGCGAAGUGACUUUUGCCGAUUUCGACAGUCUGUCACAUGCCUGGCAAUUUCUUCGAACAAGAGUUGAGGGUGAUGACUUGAGUGGUGUGGAGAUCGCCUGUAUGUACGAUUCCUUUGCCCUUGCCCAUAGUGACUUGAGAUGUUCAGAGCUCGUUUGCCGGGUGGACGGCUAUUUGGCCACCAUCCGAUUUUUCGUCGCACCCUUGCGUGAGCUGCAGCUGCAAGUGGAUGCAGUGCAUCGCCUGGCUCAGCAACUCGGCUUAAGCGAUGCGCGUAGUGAAGCCUUCCAUGGACGACCGCGGUCACGGCAUCCAUUGCUGGUCACGGCCGUGUUUUCGAUGCGUGUCGUUGCUUUGUUCGCAGCAAUGUACCUUGGUGGACAAUACUUUGUUCGCUACAGCCCGUCAUCAUUCAGUUCAACAGUGCAGCUGUUCAAUCAAGUAUUUGCUUUGAAGCAGCUUGAGCACCCUGAUGAGUUACCUGAAGAGCACUGGUUCAAUUGGCUGCCAUCCCUUGUCCUUUCCUUGCCAUAUCUAGGGCUGAUACUUGUUCUUGUGAGGGACUUGGGCAGCUUUCAGGCAAAAUAUCGGAAGCUGAAACCCACUCAGCUGCUGUAUGAGAAGUAUUUUGGUGUUCGAGGACGGUUCUACAGCAUGAAGGUGGCCAUACUACAGUUUCUAUCUGUGCUGCUCCAGGCUUUUGGAAAGCUUCAACUCUUGGGUGGAAUCGUAUCCCUUUCAUUUGAGCAAUCAAAACUCUCGGAUGUUUUCACGCGUUGCUUUUGGACUUUUGUCGGCUUCCUUUGCCUGAACAGCCUCUAUCCAAGCGUUUUGUUUGCCUACCCCUCAAGGAAGUGGGUGCGACUGGGGGGGGGGCAAUCAUGGAUGCCGUUCUUGAUAUGGCCUACACCAUCACGUACCUCGUGUUCAUCUUGCUUGCCAUCUAUGAGCUAGAGUUGGAGCAGGAAAUACGAGGGAAUUUCGGUGAUGAAGCGGCAGUGAAGUUUACUGCGGAAUUGGAUCCAGCUUUCGCCUUUCCUGCGGACUUCUUGGGCUAUUUUGCUGUCUACUAUUCGGUUGCGCAUGUUUGUACCGUUUGCCGUGCACUAGAAGGGGUAGAGCAUUCAACAAUGCCACCAAGCCUGCAAGGCUCUACUUCAUCACUGUUGCGCAGAGCAAAUCUUCUUCGUCUCAAGAAAUGCAAGGUAGUUUGCAAAGCUCUGUACUCACCUGUCUUGCUGAUAGCUAUCUUCAGUUUGCUGCUUUCAAGCAACUCCUACCCUGGUCACUCAAAAGACUUCGGAUGCUUUCCAUGCCGUUGCUCUCAGAUGGGUAGCUUCCAGCAGCUUGAAAGCUGUGGCCUCGCAGGUGUUCUCCGCCUUAAAGAUUUGAGUCUAAGCGACAAGAACAUCAGCAAUGUCACAGAGGGUGCCUUUGAGUCUUCGCGUCUCUUGCAGCGCUUGUCGCUUUCUGGGAAUCCCUUGCAUGUUUUGCCCAAGAAGAUCUUUUGGCCGCUCAAAGACUUGCAACUUUUGGACCUGGGUCGGAUGGGUUUGCAAAGUGUAGAGUCUGAGACUUUCGAAGGUUUGUCUGGAUUGAAAGUUCUUUCACUCAGUCAAAACAAGUUGCAGCAGCUCCCAAGUGACCUCCUUUACCCAAUGCCAGCCUUGGAGCAGCUGGUUCUGGACCUUAGCGAGAACGAAUUGAGGGCACUUCCAGCACAGAUAUUUGGACACACCCCAUUGCUGCAGACGCUUGACCUGGGUUCCAACCAGCUCACAGAGUUGCCCUUAGACGUUUUCGAGGGUUUGAGCAAUUUGCAGAAGCUUGACCUGCAACGCAACUCGCUCAGCGAAUUGCCCUCAGAUGUCUUUGCAGGCCUGAGCGAGUUGCAGAUGCUUGACCUGCUACGCAACUGGCUCAGAGAAUUGCCCUCAGGCAUUUUUGCCAGCUUGAGCAAUUUGCAGAAGCUUGACCUGGGACACAACAAGCUCAGAGAGCUGCCCUCAGACGUCUUUGCCGGUUUGAGCAAGUUGCAGACACUUGACCUGGGAUUCAACUGGCUGGGUGAGCUGCCUGCGGAAGUGUUUGUAGACAUGUUUUCCGGCCUGAGCCGUCUCGGCCAUUUGCAAACACUUGACCUUUGUGGCAACUUCCUCAGUAAACUGCCUCCCGACGCUUUAAGAAGAGCGUUUGCAAGCCUGAGCAAUGUGCAAACACUUUUUCUAUGGGGCAACUUCCUCCGCUCCCCGCCUGCUGAAGGGCUUGCAAAUGUCUUUGCUGGCCUCAACCAUAAUGUAAAGACAGUGGAUUUGGGUUUCAACUUUCUCGGUGCGCUGCCCUCUGAAGUCCUUGCAGAUUUGUUUGCAGGCCUCGGCAAUUUGCAGAGUCUCAGCCUGCAGGGCAACUCCCUUGGUGACGUGUCUACAGAAGUUCUUGAAGCCUUGUUCGCAAACCUCACCAAUUUGAAGACACUUGAUUUGCGGCACAACUCACUUCGCGAAGUGCGUGUUGAAGUGUUUGCCCGCCUCAAAAACUUGCAGAGAUUGGAGCUCGGUUAUAACUCGUUUGGUGAAUUACCGUCAGAAGUCUUUAGGAAGCUGUUCGCAGACCUCAGCAACUUGCAUACCAUCACCGUUUGUAGCGGCCAGGCUGCUCCAUGUGCCGGCUGCGGCCUGUUGCCAACACAGCAGAUUGUUCUCAAUAAAUAUUGCGAAUUGCAUUCACGCCUACUCGCUUCCGCGAUCAAGACUUGUCUCGAGCUCUACCAUCGCUAUUUAUCGAACCAAAGUUCGCCCAAGUUGCAAGAGACUUUGCAUGCCAAACUAACUGUAGUAAGGUCUUUUCACUUGAAACAAAUUGUAAUUAUGUAGGACCAGCGGUGAUCACACGAUGAUGAGAGCUUCAGAAGAGAUGUUUCAAAAAGAGGAGACCGAGGGCGAUAUGAUGACCGGAAUGUGCAGCGGUUGCGAAAAGCUUCAGCAUGUCAUGGCGAUGCUUAACACAGCAACUGACGACCCAAGUGGACAACUCUUGCCAAGGCUGUUCAAGGCUGGAGCAAGUUCAUGGGAUUGCAG